CUCCAAUCUUAUGGGACAUGUUAACUUAUAUUACCCGAAAACUUUCGAUUGGGGUGUUGCAUAAGUUCAGCCAUUCGUCCGGCACAGUCCACUUAACUUCUCUCGGCGAAGUGAUGAGGCCAUAUGCCGGCUUCUAGUUAUUAGCUAUUGGCCUUUCACCACAAAGAAGUAUAGUGGCCAGCAUAUAACGCUGUUACAUGCCUUAAGCCUCCAUACGAGCUUGUCUUUCGACUCCGACUGCUCUUAAGAAUUAAGCCGCUCAAGGUAGCGCACCGACGCCACGGUUUAGGGCUUUUAAGCAUCAGAUAUCGGUGUUGGGAAGCAGCACUGCUGCUGCCGCCAAGCCGCCAAGCUCUCCGCCGACAAGGAGGCCACCUUGCAAGCACAGCAUCGUGAGCAGCCUACGCCAUGGCGACACGCUGUCAAUUUGAGAAUAGCAAUGAUGUCGGCGUGUUUGCUAAGCUGACCAAUGCCUAUUGCAUCUGCGCGCUGGGCGGGGCAGAAAACUUUUACAGUGUAUUUGAGGCCGAGCUUAGCGACCACGUCCCCGUCAUUAAAUCGUCUGUGGCUGGCACCCGGCUAGUCGGGCGGCUUACGGUGGGCAACCGCAAUGGCCUGCUCCUACCCAACACCACUUCCGACCAGGAGCUGACGCACAUACGAAACUGCCUUCCCGACGAAGUCGUCGUGCAACGCAUCGAUGAGCGCCUCUCCGCUCUCGGCAAUUGCAUUGCCUGCAAUGACUAUGUCGCACUCAUCCACCCCGACAUUGACCGCGAGACCGAGGAGAUUGUGGCCGACGUGCUCGGGGUCGAGGUCUUCCGCCAAACCGUUGCCGGUAACGUCCUUGUGGGCAGUUACUGUGCCUUCACGAACCAGGGCGGCCUGGUGCACCCCAAAACAAGCAUUGAGGACCUAGAUGAGCUGUCUAGUCUGCUGCAGAUUCCCCUAGUUGCCGGCACAGUAAACCGGGGCAGCGACGUCAUUGGCGCGGGCUUGGUGGCAAACGAUUGGGCGGCUUUCUGCGGCCUGGACACAACGUCUACGGAGCUGUCGGUGAUUGAGAGCGUGUUCAAGCUACGUGAUGCACAACCUAUGAACAUUGUUAACGACCUCCGCGCCAGCCUCAUCGACACCAUGGCAUGAGCUGCGUGCGGCGUGGCUCGUGGAGAGGGGUUGGGGGUUUGUCGGUUGGGUGCAAAAAGGCUGUUGGGGUAGUUUGCGUUUGCGAGACAGAUACAGCGUAAGGGCAGCAUAACGCGACAGGGGCCGUUUCCGUGCGCAUAACGUAAAGCAUGUCAGGCUCUGGCUUCUAACGCAGUCACUGAUACUGCCGGUGGUGUUCCGGUCUAGUCUGGGCAGCCACGUAUCGCUGCUGUUAAGAGCUAUUGGAGAGGUGCAUUGCCCGCAUGGCGCCCACCAGAGCUUUCGGUUUGUCGUGGUUAUGACGAGAUAUGGCGUGUGCAUCAAUCCGCGGGGUGCGCGUGCAUAUAGCGACAUUCUGCUGCUCGCGGGACAUUUUCAGCGGAGCCUUAUUGCUCUUGGGUCGGCAAUGGUGGGCGUGCCCAUCAGUGCGGCGAUAUUCCACUGUUUCCGGAGCUUUACUUCGAAGCUUUAUUGCACUUGGGGCUAGCAGCUGGGAGCUGUUCGUCGGCUCAUCAGGCCGG